UUUGGGAAUUUUGGCUUUUGUUCAAUGUGAAGCUGUGUUUUUCCCCCUUCAAUAUGUAAACUGCUCCUAAAUGUGAUUCGUUUGUGUCUUUGAUUAGAAAGUGCAAGAAGGUGAGGUGGAUUGCAAUAAUUGGCUAAUAUUGGGAGGAAGCGAACGAAAAGAUUGGUAGCAGUUUGUCUCCCAAUCGCUCGUUAUACUUUGAGGCACGUCCCCAUGGCCAUGCAAAGCACGCCUCAUUCCACCUCUCUAAUAACCUCCCCACCGCUCCUCAUACUCUCAUGGAGGAGCGGGAGUUGUUACCACCGCCACAUCAAGAAGACACCCGCAAGAAGCAGUUACCGGACAACCCUGGCACCUACGUUGUCCAGGUCCCUAAGGACCAAGUGUACCGUGUUCCACCCCCUGAAAAUGCCCACAUCGCCCAGACCCAUAAAAACUCUCCUCCCAAGGACCCCAAAAGGUCACGUUGUUGCUGGUUCUUCAUAUUGUUCUUCAUCAUAUUCUUUGCCCUUUUCAUUCUUCUUGGAGCCAUUUUUGGUGGUCUUUUUUCCAUGUUACUCUCACCCAAGGACCCUAAAUUCUCCAUCCUUCGCUUUAACCUCCUACAAGCCAAACCCCACCCUAAAUACGACGUCACUUUUCAACUCCACAAUUCAAAUUCAAAUGUCGGCAUUCUUUAUAAAGAUAAAGGUACUGUCUCCCUCUCUUUAAGGCAACGCCAGAUUGCUUCCGGACCCUACCCAACUUUACAUCAAGACCCGCAUGAUACCACGUCGUUUAAUGUCACUUUAAACGCAUCUAAGGACCUCAUGGAAAGCGCCAAAAACCUCUCUCUCACCUUCUCCUUAGCCAUUCACUUCCAAGCGCGAAUGAAUUUGGGCUUGUUGCGUAGUGGGACAAUGAAAUUCCACGUUACAUGCAAACUCAAGUUGGAUUCAUUCGCCAAAACCCCUCGCAUACUUUCUCAACAAUGCGACACUAAACGACACUAGCUAACUCCUCCAGCUUUCUAGCUCAGACUCUUCCCAUGAGAUCUAGAUCGCUUAAAUUUUCAAACUUUUUCUUCUACCAUUAUCUUUUCAUUUAAUUUAUUGUAGUAAACGUAAGAGUUGUAUGUAUAUAAGUUCUAACUAGUAAAUAUAUAUUAUUUCGUUUCA